AAAAACAAUUUUUGGGGACUUAAAUAUUAACCCUAAAGCCAAGCAAAGCAAUUUUGUGAAGUGUGAAAUAGAAUAGAAAAGAGAAUGUCUGCAAUGAGAUCGAAGCAAUAUUACGCCACUAGCAGUCUUGUUGUUGGGUAUGCUUUGUGUUCGAGCUUGCUUGCUGUGAUCAACAAGUUCGCCAUUACUAAUUUCAACUAUCCAGGUCUUCUCACUGCAUUACAGUACUUAACUUCAACUUUAGGUGUUUGGAUUUUGGGCAAAUUUGGUUUCUUACAUCAUGAUCCUUUUACAUUUGAAAAUGCUAAGAAAUUCUUGCCUGCUGCAUUUGUAUUUUACUUGGCAAUCUUUACCAAUACUAAUCUAUUGCGUCAUGCCAAUGUCGAUACGUUUAUUGUGUUUAGAUCGUGUACGCCUUUACUUGUUGCAGUUGCUGAUACUGCUUUUAGGAAGCAGCCAUGCCCCUCUAAGUUGACGUUUUUAGCAUUGGUUGUUAUUUUGGGUGGUGCAUUUGGUUAUGUUGCUACGGAUUCGGGGUUUAGUUUGACAGCGUAUACGUGGGCGUUGGCGUAUUUGGUGACUAUUACGACUGAGAUGGUUUAUAUUAAGCAUAUGGUCACGAAUCUAGGGUUGAAUACUUGGGGUUUUGUGUUUUAUAAUAAUUUGUUGUCGUUGAUGAUGGCGCCUUUCUUUUGGAUUAUUACUGGGGAGUAUGUUGAUGUGUUUAUUGCGAUGGGAUCGAAUGGAAAAGGGAAUUUGUUUCAUCCUGUUGCGCUUGUGGCGGUUUCGUUGUCGUGUGUGUUUGGAUUGCUUAUUAGUUUCUUUGGAUUUGCCGCGAGGAAGGCGAUAUCUGCUACUGCUUUUACAGUAACUGGGGUUGUGAAUAAGUUUUUGACUGUUGCGAUUAAUGUUCUUAUUUGGGAUAAGCAUGCUAGUCCGUUUGGUUUAGGGUGUUUGUUGAUGACUAUUGCGGGUGGGGUUCUUUAUCAGCAAUCUGUAACUGGUGUUACUAGUGCUCCACCACAACGGGAUUCAGCUGUAUCUAAGCAGGACAAUGGGAAUGACCAAGACAACUAUGGAGAUAGUGAUGAAGAGAAGGGAAUGUCUGGAAUACCUAUGUACUGUGGAAAAUCUUCAUAAAUAUGAAGGGUCUGAGGUGGGUGAUGUCAAGGAGAAUAGCUGAGACCCUGAAGAUCUGGAUCAGCGAUUCUAACAUUUCUGGACAAGGAUAGAUGGAAAAUUAUACCAGCUCGCAUCUGGUGGUCUGUUUGGAGAGAAAUAAAUCUCAGGUGCUUCCAGAACAAGAGCAACAACAUCCAGAAAAUGAAAAUGAAUUGUUUAGUGUCGUUUCAUUUUUGGUGUAAAUAGGAGUAUAUGAAGGAUGUAGAAUCAGUUACAGAAGUCUUAAGCUCAUCUUCCUGAUACUCUGCCUCAAUUGGAAUUAGGAAACCUGUGACUUGUUGUCGCAGGUUUCUGAUUUUGUUUUUGGAAAUAGAAUAUGAGUUGUUACUUUCUCCAGAAAAAAAAAACUAUCAUCCAACAAGCUAUUGAAUUUUGGUUCUUCACAGGCCUAAGCCUCUAAAGGCACAAAAGAUACCUCUUUAUGUCAAAUGGAAUCCUCCUAAAAAGCCUUGCUAUAUGCUAAAAACUGUUGGAAUGGUGUCAAUUGCACAACCUUAGUGGUAUUGGAGGAGUUUUUAGGAACCAUGAAGUCACUUGGAUUUUAGGUUUUAUAGGCUCAAUUGCACAUGGAGAUGCUUUUAAUACUGAAUAUAUGCGCUUUUCACAGGUCUUACACUUGAAUUGGAGCAUAAUAUUUGACCUCUGGAAAUUAACAUAGACGCCAGUGAGUUUAUUCAAAUCCUAAGU